AUGAGCCUUAUCCGUUCCGUCAUCAGGCGGGACAUCUCCAUCAUCACGCCUCCAACUACCCUUCGCAAGCGGAAGGCCGACGAGGCAGACAACUACCUCAGCCCCGCAGAGGAACCACCCCAUAAGAAGACAAACUCCCCUGUUGUUAGCCUGCCGGCCACGCCCGCAACCCACGCCGACAAAAUGGACUCCGACGACGACUUCAACAGCUCCAUGAGCGGCGACGACUUUGACGACCAGGACAGCGAUCUGGGCCUGGAAGAGGACUCGGACUUUGACAUGGAGCAAGAUGACGUCGGCUUCGAGACGCAAGACAAGGACAUCAAGCCCACCAAGCAGGCCUUCGAAGUAGACUUCAAAGUCUUUGACCCUGCCCAGAUACAAGCACAGCAAGACAAGCAGAUCGACGAGGUUGCGGCCAUCCUUGGCCAACCACCAGAGGCCGCUGCCAUCCUCCUCCGCCACCUGCGAUGGAACAAGGAACGUUUGAUCGACCAAUACAUGGAGAAGACGGAUGAGGUCCUCGAGACAGCAGGCCUGGGCCAGGACUCCACCACCAACCCGCCCAAGGUCGAGCAGAUACCAGGUUUUGUCUGCGACAUCUGCUGCGACGAUGACAAGGACAUGCGGACGUUUGCCAUGAAGUGCGGGCACAGGUUCUGCUUGGACUGCUACAGGCAAUACCUCGGCACCAAGAUUCAAGACGAGGGAGAGGCUGCCCGGAUACGCUGCCCCGGAGAGGGCUGCACCCGGAUAGUCGAUUCGAAAUCGCUAGACCUUCUCGUUACAGCAGAUCUCCAAGACAGAUACCACACCCUCCUCACACGAACCUACGUCGACGAUAAAGAAAACCUCAAGUGGUGCCCCGCGCCUGAUUGCAAAUACGCCGUGGAAUGUCCGGUAAAGAGCAAGGAUCUCACCAAGAUCGUGCCCACGGUGCACUGCGAGUGCGGACAUGACUUCUGCUUCGGAUGCACGCUGAACAACCACCAACCCGCACCUUGCGCUCUAGUGAAGAAAUGGGUCAAGAAGUGCGAGGACGACUCGGAGACAGCCAACUGGAUAUCGGCCAACACAAAGGAAUGCCCAAACUGUAACUCCACCAUCGAGAAGAAUGGAGGGUGCAACCACAUGACAUGCAGGAAGUGUCGUAACGAGUUUUGCUGGAUGUGCAUGGGCAAGUGGUCGGAGCACGGCACGAGCUGGUACAAUUGCAAUCGUUUUGAGGAGAAGAGCGGAUCGGAAGCCCGCGAUGCGCAGGCCAAGUCCCGGCAAUCGCUCGAACGAUACCUUCAUUACUACAACCGCUUUGCCAACCACGAACAAUCGGCUAAGCUAGACAAAGAUCUCUACCUCAAGACGGAAAAGAAGAUGCAGCAAUUGCAGAACUCGUCGGGCAUGUCAUGGAUUGAGGUGCAGUUCCUGGAUCAAGCUUCACAUGCGCUUCAGCAGUGCCGGCAGGUACUCAAGUGGACCUACGCUUUUGCUUACUACCUUGCACGAAACAAUCUCACGGAGAUUUUCGAGGACAACCAAAAGGACCUGGAAAUGGCCGUCGAGAACCUCAGCGAGAUGUUCGAGAAGCCAAUCGAUCAGCUGAAGGACCUCAAGGUUGAUAUCCUUGACAAGACGUCAUACUGCACCAAGAGAAGGAUCAUUGUCCUCAAUGACACAGCGGAGAACCUGAAGCUCGGCACCUGGAAGUUUAAUGUAGACUUGGUGUAG